GUGCUUAAAGCACGAUGAAUGUGUCGUCUCAAAUACUGGUUGCAUCAGAAGAAGAUCAAUUUCGUUUUUUGGAUUAGUUUUCUCAAGGAAUCGCUUGCAGGAACAAGUGAGUUUUCAUCAGGGUUCGAAGUCUGAAACUGAUGAAUAAAGAGAAGUUCAAGUUCUUGGUUUAAGAACAGUUCCAAUGGAGAUCUCUGAAGCGUUUUCACAAGGAAGAGUGAUGGUUGACGAGAGAUUCGGUUCAGGUCAGAAAUUGGUAAUAGAUGCAGAUGUCGAGCUGUUUUCAAGCAUACCGGGUUUAGGUUUUGCAGCUUGGGAAAGUGACAUCAUAUUCCUAAGAAUUGAUGUGGAAGUUGCUGCAAAGGGAAUGUCUCUUGAUGAUCACAAGUAUUGUCUCCCUAAUAUCGAGUGUUGGGUGGCGUGUCUUGUUAAGGUUUUAACAACGGUACAAGCGGAUGUUCUAGAAUGUAUCAAGACUACAAAGGCACGAAGAGGUCAAUAUGAGUUGAGGCAAAACACUUGUGUGUUUGAGGCUGGUUUUAUGACUCAGUUUGGUUUUAGAACUGGUGUUAAAAGGUUCUUGAGUGCUGCUCUUGGUCAAAUUCUCAAGAAAGGACUCGAGUUGGUUUUGUGUAAUCAAACCAAGGUGGAGUUUAAUGCCUAUCUCUGUGGUGAAACAAAAGCCAAAUGUCUGGAAGGUUUCACUGUGAAACGUAACGACAACAUCGUGAAGUGGAGAUUUGUGGAGUUGAGUCUUGCUAAACAAGCAAAUGAUGACAAGGCUAACUCAAAGAGUAACUCAGAUUGA